CCCUUCUCGGAUCGUCUCUUCUCCUCUGCUGGGAAGCCUCCAUGUGUGUAAAUGGCCGGGGCACAGCCAGGAGUUCACGCUUUGCAACUCAAACCUGUCAGCGUCUCCGACAACCUGAAGAAAGGCAUCAAAUUUGUCAAAUGGGAUGAUGACUCCACUAUUGUUACUCCAAUUAUUCUGAGGACUGAUCCUCAAGGAUUUUUCUUUUAUUGGACAGAUCAAAAUAAGGAGACUGAACUCUUAGAUCUCAGCCUUGUCAAGGAUGCCAGAUGUGGGAAACAUGCCAGAGCCCCAAAGGACCCAAAAUUACGUGAGCUUUUGGAUGUGGGGAACAUAGGACGCCUGGAACAGCGAAUGAUAACUGUGGUAUACGGUCCAGACUUGGUCAACAUUUCCUAUUUGAACUUAGUAGCAUUUCAAGAAGAAGUAGCCAAGGAAUGGACAGAUGAGGUUUUCAGUUUGGCAACAAACCUGCUGGCACAAAACAUGUCUAGGGACGCAUUUCUGGAAAAAGCCUAUACCAAACUCAAGCUUCAAGUUACUCCUGAAGGAAGAAUUCCUCUCAAAAACAUCUAUCGCAUGUUUUCAGCAGAUCGAAAACGUGUUGAAACUGCAUUAGAAGCUUGUAGUCUUCCAUCUUCAAGGAAUGACUCAAUACCACAAGAGGACUUCACUCCAGAAGUGUACAGAGUUUUCUUAAACAAUCUUUGUCCUCGACCUGAAAUUGAUAACAUCUUUUCUGAAUUCGGUGCCAAGAGUAGACCGUAUCUUACUGUUGAUCAAAUGAUGGAGUUUAUCAAUUUAAAGCAACGUGAUCCCCGACUCAAUGAAAUCCUUUAUCCACCCUUAAAACAGGAACAAGUCCAACUACUGAUCGAGAAGUAUGAACCUAACAAUUCCUUAGCAAAAAAAGGACAGAUCUCAGUGGAUGGAUUCAUGCGCUAUCUGAGCGGAGAAGAAAAUGGAGUUGUUCCACCUGAGAAACUGGAUUUAAAUGAAGAUAUGUCUCAGCCACUCUCUCACUAUUUCAUCAAUUCUUCACACAACACCUACCUCACAGCUGGCCAGUUAGCUGGCAACUCCUCAGUAGAGAUGUAUCGCCAAGUACUCUUGUCUGGCUGUCGUUGUGUGGAGCUGGACUGCUGGAAGGGAAGAACAGCAGAAGAAGAGCCUGUCAUUACUCAUGGUUUCACUAUGACAACAGAGAUCUCUUUUAAGGAGGUGAUAGAAGCUAUUGCUGAAUGUGCAUUUAAGACAUCACCAUACCCGAUUCUCCUUUCUUUUGAAAACCAUGUGGAUUCUCCAAAACAGCAAGCCAAGAUGGCAGAAUAUUGCAGACUAAUAUUUGGAGAUGCCCUUCUUAUGGAGCCAUUAGAAAAAUACCCACUUGAAUCUGGAGUUCCUCUUCCAAGCCCUAUGGAUUUAAUGUAUAAAAUUUUGGUAAAAAAUAAAAAGAAAUCACACAAGUCUUCAGAAGGAAGUGCCAAAAAGAAGCUAUCAGAACAGGCAUCCAACACUUACAGUGACUCAUCCAGUGUGUUUGAACCUUCAUCUCCUGGAGCAGGAGAAGCAGAUAUAGAGAGUGAUGAUGAUGAUGACGAUGAUGAUGAUUGUAAAAAGUCUUCAAUGGAUGAGGGUACCGCUGGUAGUGAAGCCAUGGCCACAGAAGAAAUGUCUAAUCUGGUAAACUAUAUACAGCCAGUGAAAUUUGAGUCUUUUGAGACAUCAAAAAAAAGAAACAAAAGUUUUGAAAUGUCUUCUUUUGUGGAAACCAAAGGACUUGAGCAGCUAACAAAGUCUCCAGUAGAAUUUGUAGAAUAUAACAAAAUGCAGCUUAGCAGGAUCUAUCCAAAGGGAACACGUGUGGAUUCUUCAAAUUAUAUGCCUCAAGUCUUCUGGAAUGCUGGCUGUCAAAUGGUAGCGCUUAACUUCCAGACAGUAGACUUGGCUAUGCAAUUGAACUUGGGAAUGUAUGAAUACAAUGGGAAAAGUGGUUACAGACUAAAACCGGAAUUUAUGAGACGACCAGACAAGCAUUUUGAUCCAUUUACUGAAGGUAUCGUGGAUGGUAUAGUAGCCAAUACUUUAUCUGUUAAGAUCAUUUCAGGUCAAUUUCUUUCUGAUAAAAAAGUUGGGACUUAUGUAGAAAUUGAUAUGUUUGGCUUACCAGUGGACACCAGGAGAAAAGCUUUGAAAACCAAGACUUCUCAAGGGAAUGCUGUGAAUCCAGUCUGGGAAGAAGAACCUAUAGUGUUUAAGAAGGUGGUCCUGCCUUCUCUGGCAUGCCUAAGGAUAGCAGCAUAUGAAGAAGGAGGCAAAUUUAUUGGUCACCGGAUAUUGCCUGUACAAGCAAUACGACCAGGUUAUCACUACAUUUGUCUGAGGAAUGAAAGAAAUCAGCCCUUGAUGCUUCCAGCAGUUUUUGUAUACAUAGAGGUUAAAGACUAUGUGCCAGAUACAUAUGCAGUUCAGGCUGAUCUUGGAGAAACACCAACUGAGUCCAAGAGUGAACCCAGACCAGCACCAGCAGAGAAUGGCGUCAAUCACACUGCGUCACUGGCCCCAAAACCACCAUCUCAGGUUGUCCACAGUCAACCAGCCCCAGGUUCAGUAAAAGCACCUGCAAAAACUGAAGAUCUUAUUCAGAGUGUCUUAACAGAUGUGGAAGCACAGACAAUUGAGGAAUUAAAACAACAGAAGUCUUUUGUUAAACUUCAGAAGAAGCAUUACAAAGAAAUGAAGGACCUUGUUAAGAGACACCACAAGAAAACCACCGAUCUGAUCAAAGAGCACACCACAAAGUACAAUGAAAUCCAAAAUGAUUACUUGCGAAGGAGAGCUGUACUAGAAAAAAAUGCAAAAAAAGACAGUAAGAAAAAAUCUGAACCCAGCAGCCCUGAUCAUGGUUCUUCAACAAUGGAGCAGGAUCUUGCUGCCUUGGAUGCAGAAAUGACACAAAAACUGGUAGAAUUAAAGGACAAGCAACAGCAGCAGCUACUGAAUCUGCGACAAGAACAGUAUUAUAGUGAAAAAUAUCAGAAGCGAGAGCAUAUCAAGUUGCUUAUUCAGAAGUUGACAGAUGUCGCAGAAGAAUGUCAGAACAAUCAAUUAAAGAAACUGAAAGAAAUUUGUGAGAAAGAAAAGAAAGAGUUGAAGAAGAAAAUGGAUAAAAAAAGACAGGAGAAGAUAACAGAAGCAAAGUCAAAAGACAAGAGUCAAAUGGAAGAGGAGAAGACUGAAAUGAUCCGGUCAUACAUCCAAGAAGUGGUGCAGUACAUAAAGAGACUAGAAGAUGCACAAAGCAAAAGACAGGAGAAACUUUUAGAGAAACACAAGGAAAUCCGUCAACAGAUACUGGAUGAAAAACCAAAGAUGCAGGUAGAACUUGAUCAAGAAUAUCAAGACAAAUUCAAAAGGCUCCCCCUGGAAAUUCUGGAGUUUGUACAAGAAGCCAUGAAAGGAAAGAUCAGCGAAGAUAGCAAUCACAGUUCAGUCUCUUCCUCCGUCACCUCAGAUAGCAGCAAAGCAAACCACAAAUCUCCCCCAAAUGAGGAAGAACUGGAAGAAGACAAUGCAGAAAGAGUGUUUGAUACACCCCUUUAACUGUGUCCCCAAGGUCCACAAGCUGGAACCACGUCUUCACAAAGUUUGAUCUUUCUCCCCUCUCUUAUUUUGAGCAUGGAGCAGCUGCUGGUAUGGAGUCUUUGCUUAAUACAAUGCAUAUCUUUUGAAGGAGUCUUUUUUGUACAGUGAUAUGCAGAGUUCCUCAUUCUCUAUCUUCAGUCAAUCACGCUGAAACAUACUACAAGUCUAAUGAGGAAGCUAAUGUGCAUAUAAAUACACACAUAGAUAUUUACUUUCUUUUUGUUAGGUCAGAAUGGCACACAUGCACCAUUGGGAAUAUUAAAGAAGAAAAUCAUUUGCUGGUUUUUGUCACAAUUCAGAAUAAAGUGUCAGAAACCAAUGCAGAGAGUGACAGAAAUGUGCAAAUGCUAUUUAAGGCCAUGCAACAGCCAUAUCUGAGCUCUUCAUUCUAACUGCC